AGUCUCCAGAGCGCUACUCGCAGGCGCUCCCGCCCCCUCACGCACUAUAACGGGCCGGGCGGGGAGCCUGCCUGCGGCGAGGAGGAGGAGCCGAGAGGCAAAGGGCGGGCUCUUGCGCUGGAGGGUCAGAGGGAGAGAGAGAGAGCGGCUUGACCAGCUGGCCUCCCCCACCGACUGCAAAGAGCCAGCGGCUUCUCCUUAUAGGAGAGAGAGAGAGGCGCCUUUGUGUGAGAGAGGUUGCCUGAGGGAGCCUUUGUAGCGGGGGCGCCGCUCGCGAAGAGAGGCGGGGAAAUAUCCACCAGGGGCAAAUGGAAAGUGGCGUUUCUGCACGUAGAGGCUGGCGGCGGCGUUGCCAGAAAGGAGCGGGGCUGCCUCGGGUCUCCCUGUGGCCGCCAGUGGGCUCCUCAGUCUCGCUCAGUAAGGGGUCGACACAAGGGCCCCUUAUUAACUAGUAUUUAAAUAUAUUUAUAUAUAUAUGUGGUUCUGGGGCUUCAGCAGCCCACCUAAAUGUAACGUCUGUCUCCCUCCCGGGGUACUUUUUAUAUGCUCAGAGGCAAUUCCCCCCCACACACGCCCUGCCCACUUCAUAUUUUGCGGGGAGGGAGCAAAAUUGGAAACGGUGCUUGUGAUACGGUAAGCCGUGACUUCUUAGCCCCCCCCCCCCUUCUUGGCAACUGAAACUCAGCCAGGUUCGCCUCAGCAAAUGUGCUCCUUAGAAGUUAGCACACUGUUCCGUUUGCUGCAGAGGGGCAGGUGGAUCCCUGCCCUGAGGGUGUCUGAGCCUAGCACUCCAAAUUGCAUAGAAAUUGUGACACCCUCCAGACCGGUGCCGGAUUUACUUACAAGCUAUAGCUCAGGGCCCCGCUCUCUUGGGGGCCCCCCAAAAGUAUACUUCUUCUUAAUUGAAUUUCACUAUUAAUAUACUUAUUAAUUGUAUUUCAGUUCAACAAUUACUUUGAUAAAAUCCAUAUUCUGUUAUGUGCAAAUGGCUUUAGAUACCUAUUAGGCCCAUAAAUUACCAUGUAGCAUAUAUUCAACACAAAAAACAGCAGCAAUUUGUUGUUGACAAAGGGCCCCAUUACCUUCAGUAGCUUAGGGCCUCCUCAAACCUAAAUCCGGCCCUGCACACACCCUCCAGACAUCUGUGUUCCCUGCAAUCGAUGAACCUGCAGUCCUGAACUAGGGUCCCAUUCAGGGCAGUGGGAGUUGCUUCUUGAACAAGCAUGUUUAUGGUUGGUUUUAGUCACUUACAUUAAGGACGUAAAAUCAGAUCAAAGUCCACAGUGCCAAAGCUGGGGAAACCAGGUAAAGAAUAUCUACGAAAGGUGGCCUGAGAGCAGGAACAAUCUCUCUGAGUGCUAUUAUUCCCUGUUUAGGGAAGCUUUUAAUGUCUGAUGUUUUAUCGCUUUAUUAUUAUUAUUACAAUCAUCAUUAAUUCUGUUGUGAGCCGGCCAGAGUGGCUGGGAAAACCCAGCCAGAUGGGCAGGGUAUAAAUAAUAAAUUAUUAUUUUCUCUGAGGGAAUGAAAUGUUUGGAAAUGAUCUGUACAAGAGCAACAGCGUCUUUAUUUAUUUACACAUUCAUACCCUGCUCUUUAGCUAAAAAGUCUGCCAGGUAAACUUACAAAAAUCAGUAGUAAGAGAGCCCCUGCCCUCAGUCUCAUAAUCUAAAGGACAUGAUGUGAGGAAAGAGGGAUGGGGAGGGUAGAAGAAGAAAGCAACCCCAGACAUCAAUUAUUAGAGUUAUUACAAUGCAGUUAUAUAAUUCUGUAUUGGAGAUUAUCCCCUCUCCAAGAAAAUUCUUCACCCACCCCAGGCAGAUCUGGGAGCAAAGCAGGUCCAGGCAGAAAGAGCAGACCUCCUCCUGCAGCAUAGGAGCGGACACUAGACUUGAUGGUGGUUGGAAUCCUUACAGGAAGGAAAUGGAUGGAGUUGUCCUCUUCCCUCACCAAUGACAGUAUUGGUUCUCUAAAUGAUACAGUACACAACACCAUAGGGGAAAGGGUAGGAACUCAUAUAAUACAUUAACAUUUCAUAUAACAUAACAUUUGUGAGAAAUCAAAAACACUCCCUUUUUCAAGCAGCCAUGAUGACUUAAUUUGCAUGCAUUUUGCAGAACUGGCAAAGCUGACGGGGGAAAUCCAAAACCGACGAGUAAAUUUAUACAAUAUUUGAAAGAUCAUUGUAAGCAAUUAACAACACUAGUAGGGUUAUCUGAAGAUUUCUAAUGAGAUUUUUUUUACCUUUAUUUAUUUAAAUUUUGAGGGAUUUUGUGAUAGUCUUAUUAGAAUUGGAAAAUAUAUAAAAUGCUGUGAUAUAAAGGUUAACUUUGAAAGCCAAGAGGUGGGAGGGAAGGAAGUUGAUAGGCUCUAAAGAGGUAAAGUGGACAAUAAUGAUGUGAUUAUAUAUGUUUAAAUGGGAAAUUAAUAAAAAUUAUUUAAAAAACAAUUUACAUGCAUUUUUAUAAAACAUUUGCAAGGUCCAUAUGUCACUUAAGAGAAAACAUCCAGUUAAAUGAGCCAUCAUAGGCACUUCCCAGUACAGUGUAUAAAGCCUGGAAAAUCAGGUAUUUGUAAACGUGACCUGCUAUCAAAACUUAAGAGUAGCAAGAUACUGUCACUAUGUAAAGACCACUUGAAAUACUAAACUUUUCCCGAGUAGUAAGCACACACACUGGCAAUCAGGGUGGAAUGUUGUUUGCCAGUACGUGAUUUCCAUGUGUGCACACACUGAUCAAACAAUUGUCCGUACAAUUGCCAUAUAGUGAUUGUGCUUUCUCCUAACCAAAAGAGUUUUCUGUCUAUGAAACCUAGACAAUUAAACAGCUAAAGUAUUGUGUACCAAGAAACCAAGGGUAAAACUUAUUUUUGAGAUGCAUUACAAUUCUUGUCAAAGUGCUGUUUGCCAUGAGCUCUCUUAAUUUGUGAUUCACCUGUCAUUGUACCCUGAAAUUGACUAAGGCAGACCAAUUUUGCCUUUCCCAGAGGAUAAAUGUUUAAUAUCUUGUCAUUUGCUCCAUAUUAGAAAGAAAUGGGGAACAAAUCCAGUGACACUAAACAGAUGGGAAACGGUUCUUCUGCCACAUCAAAGGGAAAAGUCAUCCUUCUACCAGGCAUGAUCAUUCAAGGUACGCUUCAUAAAUGUUAAGGCACUUAAUGAUGCUGAGAAAUAGAAACAGAACCUUGUACAUUGGACAAUAACACAAUUAUUUUAAUCCAGGGAUUAUAACCAUUCCACUCAUCCACUUUUAAAAUCAUAUUACGUAUAGACAUAAAGACUGGUGGGUUGACCAAGGUUCUUUUAAACAUUUCUUUGAAUUUUAAGUGUUUUACUCCUCAGUAUUGCAUCUUGUGCAGAAUUUUUAAAAGAUAUUAAUCCCAAGGCUUUACUACACUUUCCCCCCAGACCUGAGAGACUGUACUGUACUUGAAAGAAACGUUAAUUGCCAUUAGGUGCUGGCACAACCAUUAGACAUCUUUGAAAACUGUUGAAGCUGCUGCAUCUUUGAGGAGGGGCAAGUAACACUCAUCCCCAUUUCGUCUCAACAUUUUGCCCAUACACUUUGGCCAUUUUGCUAGCUCUAGAAGAGCUGUUUCAAUUGCUUGGUAAUCAUAAGGGUGAACUUUGGACAGACCUAAAAAUGCUGAGGACUGAAGCACGGUGGUGCCUCCUGGCCUGUGGGAAAGUAAGCUUGAGAUCACUCUCAUAGUUUCUAUGUGUCAUCAGGUGGCCAAACUCACUGCCUCAGGGUUCUUUCAUUCUAGAAGGCCAGCACACGCAGUCAAGUAUGCUGAUAGAGUCUCAGUGUGAGUUAGAUACAGCUUGGCCAAUUUUCGUCAAAAGGUUUCUUUACAAAGAAAUACUCCAUUUUUAUUGUAUUAUUAUUGGGUGACAUUCAACUAGGUUUUACUCAAAAUAAACCUAAUGGGAGGAAUUCAAUACUGAGCUCCUCUGAUUUUUGCAUCAGCACAAGCAUUUCUGCUUGCCAGACAGAAUUAUCCCCCUUCCCCUUCUAGGGAUGUGAACUAAAUGGUUAGGCACCUGCUGUUCACAUUUUACUUGUAUUAAUAUACUGGUGCAGCCAUGAUAAACACAAUGUUAAACACAAGCACAUGCAUCUUCAGAUGGAAAGGUGCAUUGAAAAGCUUUGGAUGGAAAAGUGUUGUAUAAUUUCGCUAAAGAAAAUAACUAUAAAUAACUAUGUUUUUAUUGCAGCUAUUUAUAUACCACUUAAUCACCAAAGUUGCCAAACAAAGUUUCUCAGCUACUUCACACUUUUGGGAAUAAUAUGGUGAUGUUGGGGGUUGGAGAACCAUGAAAGCUGCUCUGAGUUUGUUAGAGGAAAGAUGGGAUUAAAAUAUUGUAAUUAAUAAAAUAUAAAGCAUGUCUGAAGGAGACUAAAAACAGGAAUCAUGUUCCUCUGAAAUUAUCAGCUGUUUCCUCAUGCCUAGAAAGUAUUGAAGAAGUUAGUUAAUAACAAUUUCAAACUUUUAGUGCCUCACCCCCUCAUGGAAAUGCUGUAUCUCCUUUGUUUAUAAGCGUUGACAUUAAAAAGUUGUAGACUAAUAAUUCCUAUGUCUGGAGACAGGACUUCCUUCUUGCUUUUCACUCAAUGUCAGGUAGCCAAAGGAGACAGUGAAGACAUGUAGGACUUCAUUACAUCUUUAAUUUGGCAGCAGCAUCUCUUCACUCCACUCCAAAAGUUUGCCCUCUUUCAAAUUCAGUUCAUUUUGUUUAGGGGGAAAUUUGUUUAUUUGUUUUUAAAUUUAUAAACUUACAAAUUGCCCUACUAAUGCUUUUGCACCAGGAGCUGAGAAAUAAACUAUACAAUAUUGCUCCAAACCCAUCUCCAUUGGAGAUGGGGAUUAGGGUGAGAUUGAGAUAUUUUUUCAUAGUGUGAGGGUUGGAGGGAAGUAGUUUGAAAUUAAGAGAUACUAGUUGUCAACAACCUUGUUGUACAGACUGGAUUUAUCUCCAUAUUGGCAAUUGAUGGGUGUAAUGUAAACUGCAUUAUAAUCUUCAUAUUUUGUAUGGGAACUGGUGCAUAAUGGCUUGCAAUUACUAGAAAAAAUUCUAGUAAAGACUUGAAGAACCACCUGCUUGAUAUUUUUUGGCAAGAUGUGCUAUAGUACAUCCCAGUUUUCUAAUGCACAAUCAUGUUAUUAAGAUACAAUUAUAUCUGUAUCUUAUAAAACUUAUGUAAUUUCUCCUAUCUGCAGCAUGUGCCUAAAUCCUCUGAAACCAUCACAGUCAUGUAGAGAACAAAUAAUGCAUCCAAAGCUGGCCUAUCACUCACAUAAAAAUACCUCAGCUUUCAAUAGAGCUUAAACUAAUUAAAUUACCUUCCACAACCCUAGCAAUAAUUAAAUGCAGGUGCCUUGUGUCCUAUUUGCAUGCAGAGACAUUGUGCUUUUCUGCCCAAUGUUAUCAAAUGCAGAUCCUAAACAAAACAGGAUCCCAGGGGCACUUGUUACUCCUGGCUUUCCAUCUCCACAUAUGAAACUAUAUUACUAUAUGAUUUAAUUAGGCAGUUCUGGUGAUACUUUGAGCUGAUGUGUUUGUUUAGUCACCAGAUGAUAAAGAGAUGCUAUUGUAUGAUGCUAAUUGCAGAGUAAUAAACUUCCUUGAUUGUUCAGAGAACUACCAACGGAAGAAAAUCAUCAUUGCUGAUUCAAAAUAUACAAACUUUUUGUUGGCCGUUUGUUUGAUGUUUUUAUACCCUGCCCUCGUAAAAUCAUUACGUGAAAAUCAUUCAUUACCUAAAAGGACCAAACAUCUAAUGUUGCCUCUCCCGAGUAUUUCCUUAAUUAAACCAGAUUAAAGCAAAGGCUUCAGGUACUUUUUUCUAUUGUGUUUUCUACCUACUAUCAGUUUAACAAACAUUUCCUCACUGAAGAGUAAGCCAAUCCUUGCUGAGAUCUUAUCACAGAAUUGCCCUUAAGUCUCUGUAUUCACAUACUGAUGUCUCUGGUUUUUAUUUAUGCCACUGCCUGUCAGGUGGACGCAAAGCAGGCUUUCCCCCCAUCCCUUCACGCUGAUAAGAUUUAAUAUCUGUUGAGCAUUUACUUCAUAAUUCAAAUUUUUUGCCACAUAGGUGAGGCAACUAUAAUAUAGAAUGGAAAAGAAAAUAUCUGUGUGAGAAACAGCAAGUUCAUCCAGUUCUAAGAAAAUCUUCUCUCAGGUGAUCCUAAUAUCUGUGUUCCUGAGUAAAGAAAAUCAAUCAAUAAAAAUAUUGCAAGUAUUGAGCUGAAACAAACAUGUUUUGUGCAUAUUUUUUUACCCCUUUCAAAAGGAUGCAUGACUGGUGGAAAGGAAAUGUAUCCCUACUGCCAAGACAAUUUGAUCAGUGCAUAAAGGUAGAACUCAGCUGAAUGGUCCAGGUUUCAAGUCAAAAGCCAGACAAAAGCUACUUUCUGUUUUAAAAGGAACCUUCCACAGAGAGUUAAUCCUCACACAAUCACCAUCCAUUCCUCACGUAAUCACCACUCCUUAUCUACUCCCCUGAUAAGAUUAAAAAAUCUGGACUGAUUGGUAGCAGUUUAUAACUGGGUACCUCAGCCUGGAAGAAAGGACCACAUUUUUAGGAUGUAUCUGUAUAACAGUAUUGUAUUUAACCGACGGCAACACAGACAAGUGCACAGAACAUAGGAAGCUUCCUUAUCCCAAGCCUUAUCCCAAGUCAAACUACAGGUCCAACUAGCUCAGUAUACCCCACACUGACAGGCAGUGCCUUUCCAGGAGAUUCAGGCAGGGGAUUCAAGGACUGAACCUGAGACAUUCUGAACAUCAACUGCCUACGUCAUGGAAUGCAAUGCAGGCAAGUGUGUGGAUUGGCAAAAGAGGGACGGAUCAUUCUGCAGGCCUGCUAUUUACUUGUUAGAUGGCCCGCUUUAUGAGUAAAUAGCAAAGUUAAAGAAUAAAAAUCUAGGUCAGUAUCUUUAGGAGGCUUGCUGUAUCAUACAUACUAAAAACAAAAUGUGCAAUGCUUACAAACACAAAUUUAAAACAGCAGUUAACUCUCAACUUAGAUACCUCAUACAGGCACCCAAGCACAUUUUUCUGCUGCCACCCUGCAACAGGCCAACAAAAAAACAAAAUAAAUGAGUACACAUGGCAGUGGCUUGAUAAAUCAGUCAAUUCAUUAGGAUAAAGGCUGAGUGUCCUGUAUGAGUGGGAUACUGGUGGCCACACCCACUUUUGAUCACACCUUCUACUUGCAUGUGGUCCUAGAGCCAAAAAAAUCAAAUCAAAGCUGACUCUUGAAUUUCUAUCUCUUGAACACAGCUUUUUCUGUUUCCCAGCUUUUAAUAUUCUGUAUAUAGGAUGGGAAGUCAUAUUAUUGCUGCAUGUAUACUGCUACUAAGAAUGAUUUCAAAUACACUGGUGUUGUUUCUUGUGAAACUAAGCAAGUCUGGUCCUGGCCAGCAAUACCAGGAGUCAACUCUUAGGAGCCGAGGUCCCUUCGCUCCCCCCAAUAAAAUAUUUGAGUGGGCUGCCCCCCAAAAGUUGAUGGGCAUUGCCAUUCAAAUGGUGUAUGUGUGCCUCAUCUUGUGAUCAAUUAUGUGGGGUGGGACUUAUCUGCCUCCCAAAUAUUUUAUUCAAGAUGACACCCCUGCCAGAAUGGGAAAGUAGUUGGCAAUUCUUUAACAGCACUUUCUCUAUGGAAAGCUAGUUAAUGGUAGUCAUCACCAUUGUAAUAUUGUAUUUCUCUAAAUAUCGACAAAACACUAAAUAUCUGCAGAUCUUCAUGUAUUGAACUCAUGAUUUUCAGUGAUCCAUGAGGGAUCAGGCACUGUUUGGGCAUCAAAGUAUUAUAAGCUGAUCAUUGUAAGCUGGGUGAUAUAAACAGCUUCUGUUGUUUCCAAUGGGCAAAUUUCCCUUAAAAAUCAGAGUAAGUAAAUGACAAUUCACCCCAUAUGUGCCAAUGGUGCAAUUACUUUUUCCACCUCCUUUCCUGAUGGCUUGCAAAGGAACUGGCACCCAGACUAAGACACAGUGAUCUUGCCAGCUCCAUCUUUCCCCCCACAAAAAUAUAUUGCUUGUAUUCUUUUGCCUCAUUUAAAUGGUGGGCAGCACGUUUUGCUAGAAUCUCUAAUGCUGGCAGAGCUGGUGUGAUAAUUUCCUCCAUAGGGAUGCUACUGACAGUGUUCCCAAGAAGAAAUACAUGUGGAAAACGUGUCAGAACUGAAAAUCAGUGUCCAUGUUACAGCUUAAAGAUCCUCAGGCAGAAGCCAAUUGCAGGUAUAUGGUACCCCACUCCUGGACCUUUCCUGGGAAGCCAUGGAUUUUUAUUUCUGUCACAAUAGUUUCCACAAGUAUUCCUCCAUGGGAUUCAUUCCAAGAGCACUCUUAUAGGGUAGAACAUUACACUGGAAUUGGGUCUCAGUGUAAACUCUGGCACAGGAGUUUUGUGACUGGCUUAUAGCACUGGCAGUUGGGCAUUGUGCCACAUAUAUAGCUAUUCCAGCCAAGGGGCAUUCCAACUUUGUCUGUGAGUAGCGGCCAUGCAUGAGAACAAGCAGAGGAUUUUCAACUGGGAAAAUCGGAUCUAGCAGCUGGGAGCAUGCAUGAUUGACAGCCAGUAACUAGCUAAGCAAAUAACCAAUUACUAUGUGUGAGUAAGAAUCAUGGCUUCACUUUGGGACAUUAUCAGUCAGGAGAUGCAUCACUGAUGGGAAUCACCAAGGCAUAGAUUUUAAGCAGGCUAUUGGGGUGUUUUGUCAAAAUGUAAUUCUCUUUAGUGCUUCUGAGAAGAGAGCCAGAUUACCUGUUUAUUGGGCAUUCACCCCGAUUUAUUUGCUAACUAAGUUUGGUAUUGGUAUGAGCUUUCGUGUGCAUGCACACUUCACAGAUCUGAAGAAGUGUGCAUGCACACAAAAGCUCAUACCAAUAACAAACUUAGUUGGUAUCUAAGGUGCUAAUGGAAGGAAUUUUUUUAUUUUGUUUCGACUACGGCAGACCAACACGGCUACUUACCUGUAACUAGUUUAUGCUGUGGUUGCACUGUACCACUGGCCAUCAGGACUGGCCCACCCAUGAGGCAAGCUGAGGCAACAUCAUCAGGUGGCAGAAUUCAUUGGGGCAGCAGAGUCUGAUACCAAUCCUUCUUUCCUUCUUGUUCCUGAUGUAGAUCUUCCCUCACCAGUUCUUUCCUGGUGGGGAGGGAAGUACCAUUUUGCCAGAUGUAUAGGGCUGGCCCUACCCAGCCUUCUUUGAACAUUUGCUCUGAAAUAUUUCCAAGGAGGUUAUGUGACAAAGAGCAUUAAUUCUGCAUUCAUUAUUGUGUGCUGUUUAUACAUAUUUCCAUACUUUUCAGUGCUUUCCCCUGUUCCUUUCCUAACCUCAAAGGUCCCUUAGAAAUGGAUUUCUUGCAACUAAAGCAAUAGAGUGCUUUAAUCCACUAUAACUGUGCAAACUUGAAUUCCCCAGUAUGCUCUGGAACCUUUCCUGCAAAAUGCUGACAGUCUGUAGACACUCUGAAAGUCUGGUUGGAGAUGAUAGAUGUAAAAUUGCAUUAUAACUUACCUGCCUGUAAGUUGGUAUCAGGUGAGAGUGUUGCCUCUUGUGGAAAGUUAAGUGCUGUGCGGAAGAGUCCUCACACAUCCUUACUUACUGUAGUUCACUUCUUCUCAGGGAGAAAAGAACUUAGCAUCUCAGUUUCUGAGGGAACUAUUUCAGGCAAAGGAAAUCAAACAGUAGCUGUACAAGACAGUGUGUGGGUAUUAAUUGCACAGAUCUCAAAUUGCAGUUAUCUAAGGUGGGGGCUCAUCUUUCUUUGACUAUGCUGCGUAAACCAACUCAAUCAUAUUUCAACUGGAAUUUGAACAGUUCUUUAACAGAGCAUGAUAAGCCCAUAUAAUGCAACAGUGUUAGUCUAGCACUGGGGAGACCUGGGUUCAAAUCCCCAGGCAAACAUUAACUUCACUGGGUACCUUGGAGCAAUCACUUUCAGCCUAACCUACUUCACAGGUUGUUGUGAGGAGAAACUGUGUCAGAGGUGAGCCACAUAUGCUGCCUAUACUAUACAGCACUUCUACAGGAAAAGGGGAAAUCAAAAGCCUGCUGCAUGCUUUCCUUGAUCCUCCUUCCACUUCAGUUAGGCUGUGGGGUGGGGGGCAGCCUUCUACUGUAGGCAGUAGAAAGCUUUUUUCAAGCCUAAUUGUUGUACAGGGGUACUUUGUGGGGAGGAUUUCCAGCUGGGGAGCAAAUGGUUAAUUCUUGAAUCUAAUUAAAAUACAGUAGUGUGUCUCUGUUCUUUACUCUGUCCCUUCUGUUGCUUGCCUCUCUUGCCAGAUAUCAGUGUAUUUCAUAUUCUUUAUCAGCUGCUCUUCCUAAACAGCAGUAAUGCAUAUCCCAAACUGGCUGUUACAGGGGCAGGGUGGGUGUGUGUGUCCUGUUCCCAAGGUUGUUGCCACUGAGCAAAGAUGGGAGACCUCAGUCUCAGGGGCCAGAUGGGGCCCUCUGGUCCUCUUUAUCUGUUAGGGACCAGGAGUGAGAUUCCUCUUCAUCAGCUAAUAGAGGCAAGGACUCCAAACCAAAGGGCAUGUGGGGUCAGCCUCAGAGAUGCAGCUACCAGAAGAAACAACAGCUACAGCUGUGAGUAUUUUGUGCUCUAUAAGACUUACUUUUUCCCUCCUAAAAAGUAAGGGGAAAUGUGUGUGCGUCUUAUGGAGCGAAUGCAGGCUGCACAGCUAUCACAGAUGCCAGAACAGCAAGAGGGAUUGCUGCUUUCACUGCGCAGCGAUCCCUCUUGCUGUUCUGGCUUCUGAGAUUCAGAAUAUUUUUUUUCUUGUUUUCCUCCUCCAAAAACUAGGUGCGUCUUGUGGUCUGGUGCGUCUUAUAGAGCGAAAAAUACGGUAGUUAGUACAUGCAACACUACAUGUUUGGAUUUACUUGCCCUUUACUAUCAAUUGUGAAUUUAUAUGCUUGGACAUGAAGAUUUCAAGCAACCUUACUGGCCACAGGAGAGACAUGGAUUUUUGGUCAACAGACAAAACGCCACCAAAGAGGCAGAUGCACCAAUCAGAAUGAUGUAUUGAUGACCAGAAUUCCAGGUUCAAUUUAGGUUCUGAUGAUCCACCUAAGAAGCAAUAAGGUAGUUUAAGUAGAAGAAAUUAUGACAAUGUUGUGGUAGCUAGGAGGGUGGCAAGAUGAGGGCCUGAAGGUAUUCUUAUGCCAAAACAAAAGGUCCAGAACCCAUUGCUUUAAUCAAAUAAUCAUAAUCUGAGGAUUAUCACUUUUCUGAUACCUCUAAUACAUCAGUCUUAAAGCACAGAUACAUCAACCAGAUGGAAGGUAGAUGGUGAAAUGGAAAAAUCCCAAUGCUGUAGACUCUAAAGUAGGCAAUAUUUCACAAAUCUCCCAGUCUCCUGGCUUUGAGCCCAAUGCAAUUAUAAGCAAUUAUAUCUAACUGUUUUUGAAGCUCAGCAUGAGAUACAUUGGGCCUGCUUUUCCACCAGUCACAAUAGGGCAUUCCAUUGAUUUCAGCAGUAGGUAGCGAGGUAUGUGAUUUUCCACCCAAAUCCGUAGUUAUAUUCAUUGGCCUAAGAGGACCAAUUGUACUACUACAGGUAAACUGUAGAUUGCAGAGGAAUGCCACUGAGCUCAACACCUAUCUUGUAAAGCAGAGGUUUUCAACCUUUUCUGGGUCCACAGCUUCCUUGACCAACUACAUUCUUUCUGCGGCACCCCUGUGGGGCUCAGGAGCCCAGUUAUAUCACCCCUUGCCUGCAGAGCCAGCAGCCCCUCACCCCUUUUCGAACACCCUCCCUUGUGGAGUGUUCCCUUAGCCUCCUCUCUCCUCCCCUCUCCUUGGGAGUUCUCUGAGCAGCCACAGAUGCUGCCCUUGGUCUCUGAGCUGCCCCCCCCCCCGCUCCAAAGAGAGGUGCCUCCUCACACUGCCCCACAGGAGGCAGAGAGGAGGGAGACAGAAAGCUGGAACCAUUGGUGGGCUGGAUGUGGGCCUGUUAACCGAAGCUGAAUCCUGAUAAUGCAGAGGUGUUAUGUGUUCCAUGUUCUUGACUCAAAAGGUUGGGGAGACAGGCCUGUUCUGUGUAGGGUUGCAGUCCCCAAGAAGGAGCAGAUCCAUAGCAUUGGCAACAGAGGAGGAGGGAGGAUGCUUCUCCCUUAAUUCCAACCACCAAGUUUACUGUCUCCAAACAGAUUGAAACAAACCCAGUUGAUAUUUUGGUCUAAAAUAGGCACAUUUCUUUAUUUGACUGGAGGGAGUAGGACAGCUUUUUCAAAUCACAAAUAUAGCUGCUAUCUUCUGCAAGAGGGACUUGGGAUUUCCUGAAAUGAGUUAAGUGGCCCGCAGAAGCCAGGAGAAAGCUGCACUUUCUUGCUCAUUUUGGGAAAUCCUGACUCCCAGAGCCACUGCAUGAAUAAAGAUGACAUGUGUGGUGGGAAUAGAGCCAUCAGCUCAGCAUCCUGCUCCAGCAGUCCCUAGAGUGACCAUGAACUUGGCAGGGCUGAUGUUGCAUAAAAACAGCAGAAAGAGACUUGUGAGGCUUUCUGCAUCUCUGGGACACUUUCUACAUGCAAUAUGAGAACCAAUUAGCAAUCCAUCCAGGGCACCAUCCGGAUGAAUAGUGAACCAAAUCAGUUAGCAACUGCAGAACAGCAGAAGGAAUACAGUACAUUUCCAGUUUUCAACAAGUUUGUAGAAGCCACUUCUUCCCUAUAGCAAUCUACACAAUAUGCAAAAGUUCUCUUUUUACAAGACAGGCUAAUUUUAAAAAUACCCUUUCAAAUCAGCAAGCGUUAGUGGCAGUUCAAGCAACUUCUGUGCUGUCAAAAUAAGGAAAUAUGAAAUUCCUCAGUUGGCUAUUUGGAAGGUAAUUUUAGAAUGUUUUGAUGGAUACUAAUCCUGUGUGCCACUCUAGCAUCACCCAGUGUCUCCUAACCUGAUCACAAGACACUCAGAAGUGUAGCCUUUGUCCUCUUCAUGCUGUCAGGAACUGACAAUCCAAAACUUCUAGAGGCAUGAGGUUGCCAGAUACUGUUGGUUCUGUUAGUCAGCUCUCUGGGGCAUAAGCACAGUCUUUGAUCAAUGCUCUUUGAUCAGACAUCUUAACAUUGAUAAAUGCUUUCUCUCCUGUUGCCCACUGCUUUAGCUUCUCAUAUGCUGUUUAGAUAUCCUUCAGGGAGAAAGCUGUGUAGAGAGCCCAAAUGUGUCAGUAUAAUUCCUAAGGCAAGGGUCCAGAAGGGGUUUAACAGAACCAGAUAGAGCUUCCAGGAAGCGGGUGUUAGCAUGCCAGUGGCAAGUACCUUCCAAAGAUAUAACAUCACAGAGAUGGAAGGCACUUCAAAGGCCAUCUAGUCUGCUCCCCUAUCAAUGCAGGAAACUCUUCAGCCUCUACAUGUGAUACUGACAUGCUACCACAGUACAUGGUGGAGUGUAGUUCAAACAUUAGGAACGUAAGAAGCUGCAUAACACCCAAGUCUCAACAUUCUCCAUCUUGCUGAGUACUGUCUCUGCACUGAUGGGGAAUGGGUUUCCUGGGUUUCAAACUGGGGCAUCUCCCAGCCAUAUUUGAAGAUGCAGGGGAUCCAGCCUGGUACCUUCUGUAUGGCAAGCAUGUUUUCUACUUCUGAGCUGCAACCUUUCCCUAUUACAUAGCAAACUGCCUUAUACCAAGUCAGACCAUAAGUCCAUGUAGCUCAAUAUUUUCUACACUUAUUGUAAGUGGCUACCCAGGGAUUUGGUCAGGCAUUUUCCCCAGCCCUAUCUGGAGAAAUCAGGGAUUCAGCCUAAGACCUUCUACAUGCAAAGUGUGUGCUUGACCACUGAGCUAUGACCCUUGUCUAUUAUUCCUUGUGUUCUGUUCUGGUUUAUUGAUAUACCAUGUUUUGGCCAAAAGGCACCCCAAGCAGCAGAUAGAGAGGGGUAAUGGAUACCUGGGUGCUAAAAAAGACACACACAUGACCAAAGAUGGACACAAGUGGUUCCUAAACCUGAUAUUUGGUAAAGGUGCAGAGGACAUUAGCAAUUUAGCAUCCCAAAGGUGGCUUGUCAUAUAGUUCUUUUUUCUUUUAAAGAAAUCUUUUUAUUGAAAGAUUUUCAUGGAUAACAACAGUACAUACAAUGUCUCUGUUUUCAAUUCAUAGAGUCCUUUCUACAGGUUGAUUACAUUCAAUGUGAGACAUUGCUGUCAUAGACAUUGUGAGGUUACGGGGGAGAGAAUGGAGGAGUAGGGGGGAGAAAGAAGG